AGGAUGCUCGGCGCGGUGCUUAGUAACAGCGCCAUUUGCAGGGCUCCGAGGUGUACACAGAGUGUAUACCGUGAUGGGGGUGAAGAACCGCCCGCAGUGCUACUUUGAUGUGGAAAUAAACAGGGCUCCAGUGGGCCGCAUUGUCUUUGAGUUAUUUUCAGAUGUCUGCCCCAAGACCUGUAAGAAUUUCCUCUUUCUCUGCACAGGUGAAAAAGGAUUAGGAAAAAAAACUCGAAAGCAGCUUUGUUAUAAGGGCUCCACUUUCCAUCGUAUUGUAAAGGAAUUUAUGGUCCAAGGCGGUGACUUCAGUGAAGGUAAUGGACGAGGAGGAGAAUCUAUUUAUGGCGGAUACUUUGAAGAUGAGAAUUUUGUGCUCAAACACGACAGGGAGUUCCUGUUGUCAAUGGCAAACAGAGGAAGAGAUACCAAUGGUUCCCAGUUCUUCAUAACUACAAAGCCAGCUCCACAUCUGGAUGGUGUACAUGUUGUCUUCGGUCAAGUAAUAACUGGCUUUGACACGAUAAAGGAAAUAGAAAACCUGAAGACAGAUGCUGCCAGCCGACCAUAUGCAGAUGUUCGAAUCAUUGACUGUGGAGAGUUUGUCCCAAAGUCUGCAAGUCAUGUGACCGAACGCAAGAAAAAAGUCACUGCCACCUACUCCUCGCACGAAUCCGAGACUAGCUCAGAUUCUUCAACGUCUUCCAAGUCCUCAGAGUCUGAGACAGAAACCGAAGAAGAAAGAGAAAGGAGAAGGAAACGGAAAAGGAAGAUGAGAAACAAACAUUCAAAAAGACGGAAAGAAACCAGAAGCAAAAAGAGAAAAAUAUCUUCCAACCAGAAGAGCAGCCACAAUGGUGUGGGCGAAGAGGAUGAUAAAGACAGAGAAUUAAACCCAAAGCGACAGAAACUGUCAGUAAGGCCCGAAGAGAUUCCUCCGGUACCAGAGAACAGAUUUUUGCUCAGGCGGGAUUUGCCAAAACCAGAUACUGAACCAAAAGUUCAGGAAGCACCUUCAACUCAUAAUGACCAGAAACCAGUGGUGUCAAAAUCGGGCCGUAAAAUUAAAGGCAGAGGCACAAUGCGCUAUCGCACUCCUUCAAAAUCUAGGUCACAUUCAGAAUCAGAACUGGAUGAGGAAAGUAGUGAAACACCACCUCAUUGGAAGGAAGAAAUGCAGCGAGUUAGAACGUACCGUGCUGCCAGCUUGGAGAAAUGGACUAAAGGAAACAAGUUGAAGUCAGAGUCACGUCGGUGGAGCGACAGAUCUGCUUCGCCAUGGUCACGGUCCUGGUCACAUGAUGGUUAUUACUCAGAUGACCACAGCAGACGGAAAUCCAGCCACAAUAAGAGACCUAAAAAGGAAAGAAGGAAAAUCAAAGCUAAGAAAAAAUCCAAGAAGCUGAAGCAUUCCAGAAGGCAUAAAGUGCACAAACAUAAGACAAAGGAAACCCCCAUACCUCCAGAAUCUGCACGCUCAUUAAGCUGUAAGACAAAGUCUUCGCUUGAGCAUGAAAAGAAAUCUCCUUCAUCGGUCUCUUCAAGACACUCAUCAGAAAGUGCAUGGUCUGAGUCUUCUAGUCAUCAGUCGUCUUCAGCCAGCACAGCUUCUCGGUCCUAUUCGAGAUCAAAGUCUAGGUCUCGAUCCAAAGGAAGAUCCAGAUCCAGAUCAAGAUCCCGGUCUGGGUCCAGAUCAAGAUCCAGGACAAGAUCUAGGUCCAGGUCCAGGUCCAGAUGUAGUUCAAGCUCUAAUUCAUCAAGAAGUAGAUCCACGUCGAGAUCUAGCUCAAAAUCCAGGCAUGAAAGGAGGCGAAGUACCAGAACACACUUUGAAAAUCUGAACCAAACAAAACUCGAUACUUCAAGAGUAGCUGCCAAGGAAAACGAAAAAAAUGUGACACUCACUGCUACAGUCGAAGCUGUUCCUGCAGUUCCUUUAAGUGAGAGUCCUCCACCUUCAAGAUGGAGACCAGGCCAAAAACCGUGGAAGCCCUCUUAUGUUCGGAUACAGGAAGCUCAGGCAAAAUUAAGUGAAACAACACCUACAUUGAGCAGUAGGGAUUCAAGAUGUUCACGGGAGGAUGACCUGUCUCCAUCUUUACGGAAACAACAUCGCAGUUCAGAUACUAGACGGCAUUACAACUCUGACCGUGAAAGCGAUCGAAGUUCAACCUCAGACUAUCAAAAGAGUUCAAGGAGCAGAGGGUUUAGUUCCAGGUCAAGGAGUCGGUCAUAUUCCAGGUCAAGGAGCCGGUCUAGUUCAAGGUCAUGGUCACCAACUAAAUCCCCCUACCGUGAAUCCUCCUACUCUAAGUCAUCCAGUCAUUCAUACGAAUCUGUAGAACUGUGUGUAGCCAACAAUGAAGAGAAGUACGGCAAAAUUCGAAAGAAGAAUUCUGUUUCUAAUAAACAAGAUAAAAAUCAGCAGGCAAUCUCUACAACUAACCAUGCAAAUAAAGAACGUGCCACUGGAAAAAAAUAUGAAAAGGAGCAUGCUUUGUUAUCUUCACACUGCUCCAGUGGGAGCGACUCAGUUAGGUACGACAGAGAAAAGGGAAAAACUGAAUCAAAAAGACAUAAUGUGUCAAACUCUCAGACGGAAUCUCUCAAAAAAAACCACAGUAGCAAAAAAGCAGAAGGAAAAUGUGAACGUUCCAACAAAAUUUCUACCAGGGAACAUUCAAAUGUAAAGUAUGGUUCAUCGAAUGAUCGUGUACAACGGCCAAGAAAGAAAUCUGCAAGGAACAAAUCCUCUGAAAGGAAAUCCUCCUCGGGGUCUUACAGCAAGGGCGAGGAAACUACAAAAAAAGUUCACAAAAAAGCGAGAUCGAAAUCUGAAACUGAGUCCGAAACAGAACAGAGUAAAAGCAGUAAAGUGCAGUCUGGGUCCACUUCCGAGGAGGGAGAAGUAGUACAGAAAUCUGAUGGCUGUGAAACUGAAGGGAAGACAUCGAGUAGAAGACCAGAUUCAAGACCUGAGGUGUGCAGCGCCAAGUCUUCUGCAUCGUCCAGCUCAGAAGUGAGCAGCAGACAACCAUCAGUCAGAAGGUCCUCUGUUGCCAGCAGUUCUUCAGGUUCGGCAAGGGAAAAUGAGAAGAGGCGAAAGAAGAAGGUGAAACACAAACUUAAGAGUAAGAAAAAGUCAAAAUCAAAGGGCACCAAGUUUAAAAAGAAAAGCGAGAAGAAAAAAGUCAAAAAGGUUCCAAAAACAAAGGAGAAAUUUCAUUGGCAGCCUCCUCUGGAGUUUGGGGAAGAGGAGGAAGAGGAGACAAAAACUGACGGGCCUGGCGCAAGCGAUGUUAAAUCAAAGGUCAGGAACACCCUACCCAAUGUGGGAAGGCAUGAUGCUGAAAACAGUGUCGUAAAUUGCGCUGCUCCAGUAAAGGUCAGCCAUCCAGGCAAAGAGAGUGCGGAGAUGCAUGAAUCACCGACAAGUGCCUCAGGCCUCAAAUGGGAAACAGAAUCGCCGCCAAAACAGAAGAAGACCGAUUCGGCAAAGGCUGAAGCCACAGUAGCAAAAUCACCAGGAGUUGCAGACAAACCCAAGCCCCCAAACCAAAACAUUAGGUGCGCCACCCCAGAGAAGUGUGCUUCCUCCUCGUCAGUGCAGAAAAGCAGUGAAAAAGAAGCAUCUGCCUCUGAACCUGGAGGUUCCAAAGGAGCAAAAAGCUCAGGAAUCAAAUCAGAGAGUGACCCCACAGCAGAGAAAGCUGGACAGAAUAAGAAAGAGCCAAAUGGUGCUGAGACAGUCCAACCAUCUGACCUCAAUGGGAGCACAACAGAAAGUGGUACAAGAGCAGAAAAUGAGCUAACAGACAGUAACAAAUGGAAACCUUUAAAAGUAUUACCAAGUGUGCCAGCAGCCAGCCCCAUAGUUAAUACAGAGGUUAAAGUAGAGGCUACUGAAUCUGAUAACAAACCCCAGGGACUGAAAAUAGAAAUUAAAAGCAAAAAUAAAGUCAAGCCGGGCUCUCUCUUUGACGAAGUUCGGCGGACAGCGAGGUUGAACCAAAGGCAGAGAAACCAAGAAACCUCGAGCGAAGAAGACUCGCCAUCCAGAGAUAGCAAUAGCAGGUCUCGAAGUCGAAGCUCCUCACGUGGCCAUUACAGAUCCAGUUCAAGAGAUAGAACGCAUUCCCGCACAAGGUCCCGGUCAACCAGUAGAUCAAGGAGCCGAUCAAGAAGUUACAGUUCUUCUUACAGGUCACGGAGUUACAGCAGAAGUCGAAGCCGGCGUAGGCACAGCAGAGGUCACUCAAGUCAUAGUAGCUCUUACAGAAGCUAUAGAAGCCAUAGUAGAACCUAUAGCCGAAGUCGUUCUAGAAGCCUGUCUUCUAGACGUCACCGGAGGUCUAGGUCUGAUUCGUAUGAUAGCUAUGACAGCAGAAGCAGGAGUCGGAGCCGUAGCUACCAUAAAUCUCGAAGGUCCAGAAGCUGGGACCGAAGCUACAGGUCAUACCGAUCAUAUAGCAGAAGUGAUCGGAGCUACUCUCGCCAUCGGAGCCACAGCGAGAGCAGCAGAUACAGCUGAUGGACGGAACACUGCCUCGGUCUCGCUCGUUCUUGCAGAACACUUUUCUUCUUUCCCUGCACAGAUUCAGAACUAUAUUUAUUGGUGACCGAUUCAUUAGAACUGUUACUUUAAACAUUGGGGACAAAGACUGCAGCGAAACAACUCCGUGCACAGAAACUACAGCAGUUGGGGAGGGGUUUGUUUUGAUUUUUCUGUUUUUUCUCUUUUUUUUUGCAAAAGAAAUGAAUUAAACUCUUGGCAGUUCUUGCUGAGAGGAAAUGUAUUUGUAUCUGCAGUUUUGUAUGUAAGCAAUAAUAUUUACCUUUAAUAUGUACUGUACUUAACUGCGUUAUUCUGUCAUAGUUUAAAGUGAAAAAAGUAAAUUUUCAUACAUUCUA